AUGGCUCCGAUCAUGACCCCGACUUCAGCUCCAAACGCAGAGUCAAAGGAUCCAAUCUCCGAGUUCAAAGGCUUGUGUCGCCAGAAUGGAUUCAACACGUUCACUAGAGCCGAAAAUAGUGAUGACACCACCAUAUUACGUUUCCUGCGAGCGCAGCGCUUUAAUGUGGCUGCUUCAUUCGAUCAAUACCACCACUUUCAAACGUGGCGACAAGCACAUGACAUUCGAGGAUUCUACAAAGACAUUGAUGUGACCGCUUAUGAGGAGACACGGAAGAUGUAUCCCCAAUGGAUAGGGCGGCGAGACAAGGUGGGGAGGCCCAUCUAUGUUUUCCAAGUUCGGAGGCUAUCCAAGAAGAGCCUUGAUGUGUAUUUGAAGUACCUCGAGAAAGCACCGUUACCAGACUCGCACGCUCAUACUCAAGUGCCAACAUAUAUACUCCACCUUCACGCCUUGUAUGAGAACCUGCUGCAGUUUGUGUUCCCGCUCGUUUCCGAGCUGCCUCGACCCAAUUCCAAGCAACCUGUCUCCGCAUCUACGCAUAUUGUCGAUAUCAGCGGCGUGAGCGUUUUUCAGUUCUGGAAUAUUCGCAAAUAUCUCCAGGAGGCGAGCAGAAUUGCUACUGCGCACUAUCCGGAAACCCUAGGAAGGGUGUUUGUCGUGGGAGCGCCUGCCUUCUUCAAGUCCGUGUGGGAAGCAAUAAGUCAGUGGUUUGACCCUGAAACUAGGUCAAAGAUUUUUGUACUUUCGCCCGCAGAGUCUAAAUCCUUUUUGCUCUCGCACAUUGCCGCUGACGAUCUACCGAAGGAAUAUGGCGGGGAACUGGAAUGGAAGUGGCAGGAUCAGCCCAAUCUGGACAGCUACAUCCGUGAAUUGGUAGAUGAAGUCUACCAUAAGACUGACAGAGGAGAGGUCUAUUCAAAGGGCCCACUGAUCUUCCAGAAUGGCUGCAUUGAGCUUUAUGGCUCUGAUAACCGUUUACCCCGUCGCAAUGCAUUCUGUCGGCUAGAGAAAUCGUCGAUUUGA